CGGGGUCCUGGACCACCUACUUGCUACGAUGCGGCUGGCCUCUCCGCGUGUCAUCUGGCCUGGGUCGCACCUGGGAGGCCCUGCCUACCUUCCCCAGGUCCAGCUGCAACAUCUGGGGCCCAGGAGGGCAGAGCUGGAAGCGCCAGUUCCAGAGCUCCUGCCGGCUCUAGAGCCAGAGCAAGGGCCAGCUCCGGGGCCAGAGGCAGCUCCAGCUGUAGUUCCACCGUCCGCGCCGGAGCUGGAGGCAGCCUCACCACCGGCAGCCUCACCUCCAUCGGCCUCUCCAGGGCCGGAGCGAGCGCCAUCAGCUUCAGCCCCAGUGCCAGCUUCUGAGCUGGAGCAAGAUGCGCCAUUGACUUUUGGACGAACUCUGCCUCCAGCUGCCGAAGUCACCGCAGAAGUGAGCGCCGAGCUGAGAGAGGAGAGGCCUAAGCUGCUGGACUUCCCUCCGAAGCUGGUGGCCGAGCAGCUGACGCGGAUGGAUGCGGAGCUGUUCAAGAAGGUGGAGCCCCGCCACUGCCUGGGUUUUGUGUGGUGCCAGCGGCCCAAUGGGAGCAAGGAGUACCUGGCUCCCACCGUUGGGGCCACUAUCAACCAGUUUCUUCACGUGUCCCGCUGUGUCAUCACGACGUGCCUUGGGGACCUCAGCAUGACGGCCCAGGACAGGGCCAGAGUCGUCGAGCUGUGGAUUCAGGUGGCCAAGGUAAGUAGUGGCAGGGCCCAGGGAGCCCCUCCCUGGAGUCAGGGGGACUGCCCCUUCUCCUCUCGCAGCUUUCAGCCUUGAAGUCGGUGGUCUGGGCCUCGGCAAAGUCCGAGGCCCCUUGCUGCCAAGGGCCUGCUGACCUUGAGUGCUGGUCCCAGUGGUGGGAAGCUCCCUUCCCGCCCUGGGUUGAGCUAAAAUCUUCCUGCCCGCGAGCGUUACUCAUCAGCUCCCAGGUGUGCCCUCCCUCGCU